CCCAGCCAUUGAAACCACCUCAGCCUCCUCAAUUCUUCGUUCACUGCGACCACCCCCACCAAAACCCUCGUUUCCCUUCUUUUUUUUUUUUUCUUUUUUCUUCUUUUUUCUUUUUCGGGGGUUCGUUUCCGUGCGUUUCCGCCAUGGGCGUCACCAUUCUUCCAGAUCUCGGGGCUGAGAUUCUGAUUCCGGUUUGUUCCGUCAUCGGAAUCGUCUUCUCCUUGCUGCAGUGGUACUACGUUUCGCAAGUCAAGCUCUCCCCUGCCCGGGAUUCCGCCCAUAACAACUCCGCCGCUGCCGCCGCUAAGAAUGGCUACUCCGACUACCUUAUUGAGGAAGAGGAGGGCGUUAAUGACCACAACGUCGUCAUCAAGUGUGCCGAAAUUCAGAACGCUAUCUCCGAGGGAGCAACCUCCUUCCUUUUCACGGAGUAUAAGUAUGUUGGCAUAUUUAUGGUGGCUUUUGCGGUCUUGAUUUUCCUAUUCCUUGGCUCCGUGGAGAGUUUUAGUACCAAGCCUCAGCCUUGCUCAUAUGACAAAUCAAAGACUUGUAAACCAGCUCUGGCGACAGCUAUAUUCAGCACUAUAUCAUUUUUACUUGGUGCUUUCACAUCAGUGGUUUCUGGUUUCCUUGGAAUGAAAAUUGCUACAUAUGCAAAUGCGAGAACCACCUUGGAGGCAAGAAAAGGUGUUGGAAAGGCAUUUAUCACUGCUUUUAGGUCUGGUGCUGUCAUGGGCUUCCUCCUAGCUGCCAAUGGUCUCUUGGUUUUGUUCAUCGCCAUUAACCUCUUUAAAUUGUACUAUGGUGAUGAUUGGGGUGGUCUCUUUGAGUCUAUCACUGGUUAUGGUCUUGGUGGAUCUUCUAUGGCUCUCUUUGGCAGAGUUGGUGGAGGUAUCUACACUAAGGCCGCUGAUGUUGGUGCUGACCUUGUGGGCAAGGUGGAAAGGAACAUUCCUGAGGAUGACCCAAGAAACCCAGCUGUGAUUGCUGAUAAUGUCGGUGAUAAUGUUGGAGAUAUAGCCGGUAUGGGAUCUGAUCUUUUUGGUUCAUAUGCUGAAUCAUCCUGUGCUGCCCUUGUCGUCGCUUCUAUAUCUUCUUUUGGCAACAACCACGAGUUGACCCCAAUGCUCUAUCCUCUCAUCGUCAGUUCUGUGGGUAUCCUUGUUUGCCUGCUCACGACCUUAUUUGCUACUGAUUUCUUUGAGAUCAAGGCUGUUAAGGAAAUUGAGCCAGCAUUGAAGAAGCAGCUCAUAAUUUCCACUGUUCUAAUGACCUUUGGGGUUGCAAUUGUAACUUGGAUUUCUGUUCCAUCAACAUUCACCAUUUUCAAUUUUGGAACUCAAAAAGAUGUGACGAACUGGAAACUGUUCUUAUGUGUUGCUGUUGGUCUCUGGGCUGGGCUUAUUAUUGGAUUUGUGACAGAGUAUUAUACGAGCAAUGCAUACAGCCCUGUGCAAGAUGUUGCUGAUUCUUGCCGAACUGGAGCUGCUACAAAUGUCAUCUUUGGGUUGGCCUUGGGAUAUAAAUCUGUCAUUAUCCCUAUUUUUGCAAUUGCAGUUAGCAUUUUUGUGAGUUUCACCUUUGCUGCAAUGUACGGUAUUGCUGUAGCUGCCCUUGGAAUGUUAAGUACAAUUGCUACUGGUUUGGCCAUUGAUGCAUACGGCCCAAUCAGUGACAAUGCUGGAGGUAUUGCUGAGAUGGCAGGCAUGAGCCACAGAAUUCGGGAGAGAACCGAUGCCCUUGAUGCUGCAGGAAACACCACCGCUGCCAUUGGAAAGGGUUUCGCUAUUGGUUCAGCUGCUCUUGUGUCGCUUGCUCUCUUUGGUGCCUUCGUCAGCCGUGCUGGUGUCAAUGCCGUUGACGUCUUGACUCCCAAAGUUUUCAUUGGCUUGAUCGUGGGCGCUAUGCUCCCUUAUUGGUUUUCUGCCAUGACAAUGAAGAGUGUCGGGAGUGCAGCCCUAAAGAUGGUUGAGGAGGUGCGAAGGCAAUUCAACACCAUCCCAGGUCUCAUGGAGGGUACUGCCAAGCCCGACUAUGCUACAUGUGUCAAGAUCUCAACUGAUGCUUCUAUCAAGGAGAUGAUCCCACCUGGUGCCCUUGUCAUGUUGACGCCACUAAUUGUCGGUAUCCUAUUCGGUGUCGAAACUCUUUCUGGCGUCCUUGCUGGCUCUCUUGUUUCUGGUGUGCAGAUUGCCAUCUCUGCAUCCAACACCGGAGGUGCGUGGGAUAACGCCAAGAAGUACAUCGAGGCCGGUGCCUCUGAGCAUGCAAGAACCCUCGGGCCGAAAGGAUCGGAUCCUCACAAAGCAGCUGUUAUCGGGGACACCAUCGGAGACCCGCUCAAGGAUACAUCCGGACCAUCUCUCAACAUUCUGAUCAAGUUGAUGGCUGUGGAGUCCCUCGUGUUCGCUCCUUUCUUCGCCAGCCACGGUGGGCUUCUUUUCAAGAUCUAAAAAAAAGCAAGAGGAAUCUUUGUGCCAUUGCAUUCUCUCCGUUCAUUGACAUAACCUCUCCUCUUCUCUGCGAAAUUUUCGAUGCUUUUUUAGACUUCAUAUUAUAUGCGUUUCGAGUCUGUAGCUUUUGAUUACCUUUCGAGAAACUUGUAGUUUCAAGUGGCAGAGCGUUUUACCUUUUCAUCAGUUGAUGAUGAGAUGAUGAUGAGAUGAUGAUGAUGAAGAAGAAGAAGAAGAAGAAAAAAGACAUUGGUCAAUCUUGAGAAAUGAGACUGCGAUAUUAUUCUCUUUUUUCCCAAUUGAGAACUGGCUAUUAUUGUUA